AACCUCUUAUCUCUUAUUCACAACUGAUAGCCAUAUUCCACCAUGAAAAUAUACAGUGCAAAACACAUCAACAAAAAUGGUGACAUUAGCUUCUUCAUCUCUCUGCAAUUCCUCUUCGUCACUUAUCCAUUCCUCAAAAACAUCUCUACCCAAUUUCAUUACAUUCUCUUCCUCAAGUUAUUACAAGAAAAGGGGAAAAUCGCUUGCAAGUCGUAGCCUUGGAAUUGUAGCUGCUACUGAAGGCUCUGUUAACAAAUCCAGUGGAAAAGAUGAAGAAAAACAAGAAGACCCAUCAGUUCCUACAUGGGCUAAACCCGGUACGGAUGAGCCUCCACCAUGGGCUAGAAAUGAAGCACAAAAAGAUUCUUCAAGCUUUCAAGUUCCAUUCAUUGUUUAUUUGCUUGCUUCUGCUGUCACAGCAAUUGCAGCGAUUGGUUCUAUCUUCGAGUACACGAAUCAGAAACCUGUGUUUGGAGUUUUGGGUUCAGAUAGUGUUUUUUAUGCUCCGUUGCUUGGGUUCUUUGUUUUCACUGGCAUUCCCACCUCUGCAUUCCUUUGGUUCAAAUCAGUACAAGUUGCUAACAAGGAGGCAGAGGAACAAGACCGCAGGGAUGGAUAUAUGUAACAUCUAAUAUGCAAUUUUUAGUCUACUUCCUUUGAGCUUUUCAACUCUCUGGGGCGGCGAAGUUCAUCCAAUUCUCCAAGAGAAGAGAAAAGAUAGGGACUUUAGCAUAGAAAUAUUGGGCAUUUCGAAUAUAAAUGCAUAGUGAUUGCACUCAAACUAUUUGGCUCUUGGAACUGACGGAAGUGAGCAGUAGGAGCUGUGAUGUCAAAUCUUGUAACUGUAGUUUCGUGAUAAGAAUGGAAAAUGAUAAAUAAACGAGCCGGACUAAAUUCUCCA